AUGCGUCGGCCAUCAGGCAUUUCGUGGGCGUUUGCAGUGGCGAUCGUCGUGUCAUCGGUAUUUGAAGCUACGAGAAGUAUUGAAUUAGGUACGUGCACAUUUUCACGUUCGGGAUGAAUUGAAAUAAAAACGUAUUUUAAGACAACGAUUGGCGUUCUUAAACUCUAAAACAUUAAUAAUAAACGGUAUUUUGUCGGUUUUUCAGGACACACUAACAAAAAUGCCGAACAGAUCGCGGCUAGAAGUAACAUAAGGCAAGCUAACGGAGAUUCCCUCGAGAACGGUAAGUUUAGAAAAGAGAGUUUUAGGUUUUUUUUUUUUUUUUUUUUCAUAAUUUUACCGUACUGUAUUAGAUUCGUCAAAUAAAUUAUAGUGAAGUUUUAAAAUGUAUAACUAUGUAUAGGUAUAAUAAUAGUGGUUUUUUUUUUAUCCGCAGACAAGUCGUUCUGGAUCAACUAUAAUAAAGGCCUGCUGGACCAUAAAAUCCACAAGGAUCUGCGUCAGUAUGGAACGGCCAAGAAUAUCAUUUUUUUCUUGGGUGACGGCAUGUCAAUAACCACGUUGACCGCGGCCAGAAUCUACAUGGGACAAAUGCAAAAUCGUACCGGCGAAAACGAGUCGUUAUCCUUUGAAAAGUUCCCGAACACAGGCCUGUCCAAAGUGAGUUUUGGCGCACGUGAUGCAUGUAAAUUUAUGAUCGUUGAUUGAGUAUCUAGGUUAUAAAGGUCAUUUAAAAAAAAUAUAAUUUUAUAUACUGAAAUAGUCGGUGGAAAAUAUAACUGGCUAAAAAUAUGGCCUGCGGAAAAUUCAGUCGUAUGAAAAUCUGCUAUGGUCAUUAUUCUAUUUGGCCUUUAUUACCGGUUACUUGUUGGUCCUACACAAGAAUAUCAUGUUCCGCAGUAUUAUCGAAAAACGUUUUUCGCAGACUUAUUGCGUGGAUAGACAAGUGGCCGAUUCGGCUUGCACGGCCACGGCGUACCUGACGGGUACAAAGGGUAAUAUUGAAACUAUCGGGGUGACCGGGGCUGUGUCCGACCGGGACUGCGUUGGUGCCAACGAUCCCACAAAACAAACGGUGUCCAGUAUGCUGUGGGCACAGAAGGCGGGCAAAAGAACAGGUGUGGUGUCCAACAUGCGAGUGACGCACGCCACACCGGCGGGAGCGUACGCCAAUGUGGCGAAUAGGGACUGGGAAUGCGAUAAUGACGUGAAAAAAGAUUCAUUAGCCCAUUCCAGGUGUGCGAAUGAAGCGGUGGACAUAGCCAGGCAGCUGAUCGAGAAAGAGACCGGAAGAAAUCUGAACGUGAGUAAAAACUGUGUAGUAAAAUAUUGGGGAAAAGUUAUAAUUUUAGGACUACGUGACUUUGCAUUGUUUUCCAAAUCUUGCUAUGCGACAUUGGAUUGGUAUAUUUUUCAAUGAUAUUAUCUUCGUUUUUAGAUGAUACGAGGGUUUUUGGAUUUAAAAUUCAAUUCUGAAAUUGUACACGAUAACAUGAUUUUCCAAUAAAAUCCAUUAAGUAUCCGUCGUAUUAUAUUGACGAAUAAUAGUAUUAUAUUAUAGUUAAACACCAAAUAGUGAGUGGCGCGAUUUCCACCAAUUUGUUUCAUGCAUAUUUGAAUGAGAAAAAUAUUUUGCAUUUUUGACAAUUUUUUGAUUUUUUUCGGUUUUUAUUGCAUAAGUUCGUUAUUUUAAAUUUGUAUGACAUAAAAGCAAUUUUUUUUAAGGUUUUUUUGAGUUUUUAUGUAACGCAUGAUUAUAUUCUCAGCACUAAUACAGUGUACUUAUGCGCUCACGUCGCACACCAAAACCUUCUAAAAGAUGAUACGGUGGCCACGUCUAUAGUUUUGUUUUUUUAGAGAAUAAUAAUUAGGUAUAUUAAGCGCGUUUGGAUACAUAGUAGUUUCCGAUUCAGAGAGGUUUUUGUUACGUUUUACUUACAGGUCAUAAUGGGCGGCGGGAGAUCGAAAUUUUUGCCGAACACUACUAGUCCGGAAGGCCAAAGAAGAGAUAACAGAAAUUUGGUUGAGGAAUGGAAGAACAUCGAGCGUUUUACUGGAGCGCAUAAAGCUUACGUCGAAGAUCGGUCUCAAUUAAACUCUGUCAAUACCAACGAAACGGACUAUCUUUUCGGUAUAAUAACUUAUCUACACAUUUUAAUGCUAUACUAAAUUCGCGUAUCUCUAUAUUUUAUUACACAUAGUUAUGUAUCAUCAUACGGCUUGAACCGUAGAUUAUUAUUAACUAGUCCUAGUAGACCGAAAAUCGUACGCGUCUCUCGUAUGAAGACAUCUGAUUAGCAAAACGACGGAUCCAGGAAGAAAUAAAGAAAAUCGUUAAUUUUUUUUUCACGAAAAUCGUUUAUUUGUCGUAACGAUAGAUAACUACAAUCUUGAUUAUCACACGUGUACCAUGAAUUAUCAUAUAAAAUAUUCUAGAUAGUAAGUAACGUAUGAAAUCGUAUUAUCUGUAUUGCUUUUCCUCGAAAAAAAAAAAAAAAAAUGUUUUCCCUUUUAUAGUUCUGUUUUCUUAUCGGAUGCCGUUUAACUAAUAUUUUUCACUCAUGACGCGAUCCACCAGUUAAUAAGUCUAUAGUUUUAAUGACAUUGUUGUUUUGUGAAAAAUAUCGUCGACAAAAAGCUCGUGUAUUAUUUGCACGGUCUUUAAAAGUUGGGUACCCACUACGGGUUCUAGAUUUAAUAUUAUGAUAAUUGUCUGGUGUCACGAAAUACGUUGCACAACGGAUAAUAAUGAAAGUGCGGAUCCUUUGUGACCUCGUCGUAACGAUAAAAUUAAAAUGAAAAAUAUAUUGUUACGUUUUAACGGAGCUUGAAUUAAAUUAUUGUACUUGGCUCGAAUAAUUAUACUUACAUGUUAGUCACAAAAAUAAAACGAUCGAUAAAAGUGGUCUUCAAAACAAAAACAAUAACUAUUAUUUGCGAGAAAAUUCCGUUGUUUUUUUUCUUUUGGUAAUAUUACCUAUCGAAUUGUUUUUUCCUUACGAUAUAUUACAUUUGAAAUACAGUUUACCUAAUUCUGUGUUUUCGGUGUACGGAAAUACUGUAUAAUUUAUUACUCGUGUAAAACAUUAUAGGCUUGGGGAUAUAUCCAUAAAAAAAAAAAAAAAUUCAAUAAAUAAGUUCUUUUAUUUAUUUAUAUUAUAUUAUACAAAUUUGUUACGACUUUUAUUUGAUGAUAAACGAUUUAAACAUAAAACAAACCAUCUAUUUCCUAUAUUCUGUCAUAAGUUGCCUUGUAUACCAACAUUGUUAGAAAGAGAUAUCCAAUAACUGACAUAUGAUAAGAUCUUAAUUCCAUAAUAUGCUAUCCAUAGGUUUAUAAAAAAACUAUAGAUAACCGACUUGGCAUUAUUAUUGGCGACGUUCAAAUGGCCGUGAAAAAAGUAAAAAGUUAUCAGUAAAAUAAAAUGUAAACACGGACCUUUUUGAUAAAAAAAAAGUAGACCAUUUUAUUGAUCUUUGUUAAUCUUACAUUAAACAGUAUAUUGUAAAGUUGGCUAUCUAGUUGUUAAUACAUAACUGUGAUGCUAUAUUUUUGCUAAAAAUAUUGUAAUCUCUGUUGUUAAACUUCACCCUCUCACGAUUGUUGGGACGGUAUUGAGUUGUAAUCCGGAUAACUCUUUUACUCUCUGUUAUCAGUUAUUUGUAUUAUUAUGUGUGGUAAAGUUUGUCCUCCAUGCGAAUGACGUAGACACCUAGUAAUAUUAUUGGGAAUAUGUUUGGUUGGCAGGUCUGUUCACUCCGAGUCAUAUGAACUUCAACUUGUUGGCCAACAAGACGAAGGAGCCGACCUUGGUCGAAAUGACGGAGGCGGCCAUCAAAGUGCUGUCCAAGGGUGAAAACGGUUUCUAUCUGUUCAUCGAGGGGGGCCAAAUAGAUACGGCGCAUCAUUUUAACCUAGCGCACCUGUCCCUCGACGAGACGGUCAUGUUUUCGAAGGCGGUCGAACGAGCAUACCAAAUGACGUCCAGACGCGACACCCUGAUUGUGGUAACUUCGGACCACUCGCACACCAUGACCAUUAGCGGUUACCCUCAUCGUGGUAGCAACAUAUUCGGACACUCGGAAGUCUCGGACAUGGACAAUAUGCCGUAUUCUACACUGAGCUACGCUAACGGACCGUCCGCCAACGCAUCGACUACCGGCAUCCGGUACAAUUUGACUGGCGACAACACCGGUAAGUAUUUACACGACGUCGUUCGUAGAUGUCUGCAAAAACGAUUCAGGGCCAUAGCGUACAAUCGAAAUAACAACUGAUUUAUUCGGAUUUCGUAUUAAUGAAAACCGUAUUUUCAGACGAUAUAAUGUACAAGUUCCCGUCACUAUGGCCGUCGUCGUGGGAAACGCACGGCGGCGAAGAUGUGGCCGUAUUCGCUGUCGGUCCAUGGUCACACCUGUUUGUCGGCAACUACGAACAGAGUUUUAUACCAUACGCUAUCGCCUAUGCAGCCAAAAUGGGACCCGAAGCUCGAGCCGAAACCAGCCAAUCUUCUGCAUCCUUGAACUUAAUUCCGUUCGUGUCUGCAGUCGUCUCCUGCACGCUCGUUUUACUCCUAGUUCGGUGAUCGUCCUCUAGUGACAGCCGAGCGAGACCCAUCGUCAUUUGUAUAUAUUUAAAAAAAAAUAUAUUCCCGAAACUAUAUUAUUUACAUAAUAAAAGUUUGGGUUCAACAUGUACAGUAUUGAUCAGAAAUACCAAAUAAUAUUGACGGUGUUUAUUUCCCUGUUUUAUCUAAAUGAAUUUAUUAAUUGAAUAUUUUAACUUAACUACAUAAAUGAUAAAUACGUUAUUUGAAAAAAAAAUGAUUGAAUAUCCUUGCCAAUGUUACUUUCAACACUACAUUUCUCUACUAUUUUGACUAUAGAUAAUAAUGUUUCUAGAUAAAUCGUAAUUUAUGUGUUUAUUAGAAAUAAUAGGUACAGUAUUUCAUUUGUAUUAAGGUGCUGGUUUUUCAAAUUUUUUCCAAAUUUUUACAAAUUUAAAAAAGAUUUUUAACAUUUAAAUGGCGUAUAGAUAAUAUUUCUCCGCUAAUACACUACCCAAUGUUCAUUUAAGUGGUAUGCAUAAUAAAAAACAACAUUCUACAGCUAGAAUUGAACUUCGAUUUUUUAUUCGAUUCAAAAUAAAGGUAUAAAUUAGUAAAUUAAAUUUAAAAAUUGAUUUUAUAUUAUAGAGUUUAUUGUGACAAAAAACAUUGAAAAUCGUAGUUUUAAUGCGAUUUAUAGCACGUCUUAACCUUUCCAACAAAAUAUAAUCAUCAAAAUCGGACUAUUUUACGAAGCGUAUGAGUUUUUCCCAUAAAUUAAGCUUUUUAGUCAAUCGUUUAGGCACCGGAUCCCUUAAUAUGAUUUUAUAAAUAAAUUAUUAAGUUAACACAAUCGCAUGGCUUUUUAAAAUAUAGGUGUGUUCCAAAUAUUUUACACUUUUAUUAUUACUUUUAGCACUUUAUUUUAUGAUAGGUAUAAUGAACAGCAUUAUCUCUAUCUAGUACAAGUUCCAUUGUACGUAUAUUUUAUCUUUGUCUAGACAAUUGUACAACAUGGAAGUCGUCCACAGAACGACACAUUAUAAUUAAUAAAAUUAACUUUUCUCCAAAGUGUUAAUUGUAUCCAAAUUGUAAAUCUUAAUGAUAUUGAAUAAAUUAAAUAUAACAAUUUUACAAAUAUUAUGACGAAUUCUGAAAUAUGAACUCGAUAUAAUCAGUGCCGUAAUAACGGGUAUGUUGGGAGUGCAAUUGAAUUUUAGGUCAUUGAUAUGUCUUCACGAUUGACUGAAUUAAUGUAAAUGUAAAUGGUUAUCACUUUAUCACCGUUAUUUUUUAUGGAUUUUUGAUAAGUGGGCUGCAUAAAAUCGGCAUGCACCGCAAUAAACACAUAUAUACCUAGUUGUACCUGUGUUAGUUGUGUUAUCACUGAUAAAAAUACAAACAAUCAAAAUAACGAUGAAUAUUAGCGGAGAAUACAAACAAUAUAUCGAGUCAGAGGUAAAAAAAGAAACGCGCACUAAGAAAAUGCGAAAUCUCGUCUUUUCGAUAAAAACAAAAAAAACUGUCACGGUGUUUGUGAUGGUUCGAUAAAAUAUAAUCAAGAAAAUGUAUUUCUCUUUUCGAUUUUGCACAUAAUACAGAAAUAAUAUCUCACUGUCGAUGUAUUUUCAGAUUUGAUAGAUUCGAUUCGCGAACAAAAAUAUAUUUGGUCGCAGUAUCAAUGUUUGAAGGUCGUAUACAAAUGGUAAAAUUCCGGGUAUAAAAUAUAAAGUCACAGUAGCAAUUUGUUCGAUAUAUAACGAAUAAGGCGAAUUUAGGCACUCGACGCCAAAAAGAAAAUAAACGGGAAAAAUUAAAUCGAGUUAUGAGUCAGUGUCUUCUUCCCUGUCUAUGUAUAUUUAUUAUUUAAAGCGAGCAUAACAAACACGUGGCCCGCGACUUAUUCUUAUGCGGCCCCGGCCACAUUGAAAAAUAAAGUCAAAUGCCACACAAAUCAAAAAAUAAUAGACAACUUUAUAAAUAUAUAUAUAUAUAUAUAUAUUUAUUAAAUUUAUAAUUAUAUCUUCUAUGCGUUCUAUAAUUAUUAACUCAAAAUUGAAAAUUCAAUACGUUUAUAUAACUAUAUUGUGUUAUGUGUAUCGUUUGUAAUAUACUUUUCAAUAAUACUAUCACUAAAAACCAACAAUAGUAAUAUUUAAAAUUUAAGGAACAAUAAUUUAAUCAGGUUGAUUUACCCAAUUUUGACAAGAAUGUGUGUCAGCAAAAUUGUUAGAAAUUUGGAAUUUCGCUUGCAAGAUAAUGCCAAUGUUUUGUAAUACUUAUCAGAAUAAGAAACUACUUUUUAUUAUAAUGAAAGAAAAUAAAUCUCCUACUAUUGGAUUCAGAUUGACAGAUAUUCGUCCUGGUUCAGUGUUAAAAUUGGCAUUAUCGGUGGCUAAAAAAAAGUGUCAGAUAUCUGAGAAGACAAAUUAAUAAACAUUGUAUAUUGUUAGUUUUUUAAUUUUGUAUGGAAAAUCCAUAUUGAUAUAAUAAUAAAAUGUAAACAGAUUUAUUUUUUUUUAGUAAAUUAAAUUUUUUUUGCGGCCCACAAAUAUUUUUGUACAGGUUUUGGCCUAAGUAGAACUUUGAGUUUGACAUUUUUUAUUUUUAGAUUGGUCCGAAUGCAAAAUAAAUCUAUUGAAAUUAAUCGUUGUGAUGUCAAUAUUGUAUACGUUCGAUAAGUGUAUACGUUCAAUUAGUGAGACCGUUAUGAUUAGUAAAACAUAAAUAAUUCGCUUUGACAGUCAGGGGAAUUCUAGAAAUUUUAUCGAAUCGAACUUUUAAUAAUUUAAAAGUAUAAUAUCGGUAAUAUAUUAUGAAAUUAUUAUUUUUUUUUUUUUUUACAUUUGAAACCAACUGCACUCAUUAUUACGACUUUGUACGGACAUCAUUUACAAUUCGGUUUAAAAAUGGUUUCCAGUAAAAUUGUAGCUCGUAUUUUAUUAGUAUUACAUAAUAUACAUGGGACGUUUUAUUAGCUCGUACAAUCAAAAUAUAUAAAUUUACGUAUACGUUACUCAUGUCAAUCGUGAAAACGUUAUAUCUACGCGUACACUCGAGAUACCUAUAAGGUCAACUGAAAUACGGAGGGAAAGAUAUAUUGAAUACAUAUUACACCGAGGAGUGGCAAUCGUGGGAUUACGUGUAAACAUAUAGUGACUUCGAAUGAAAUCAAAUUAAAAAAAAAAAAAAACUCCACAACCAUCUCAGAAAAUUAGGUUGCGACAAAGUGUCGUAUAGCUAAAAAAAUAAACAUAAACUGGUAGAUUAAAUAAUAACAUUGCCGUGUUCAUAGUGUCGAGAACAAAAUUUCAAAAUGUCACUAUAAUUACACUAACGGAAAUGCGAUCAUCACCGCAAGUACAGUGUUUGUUUUAUUGACGAUACCGAAAAGCAUAAUACUGAACGCACCGACACAAUAACAAUAAUCGAUUAUAAUAAGUGUAAAUUUAAUAAUGUUCGAAGGUUAUGCAGAUAGCGAUCGAUAUGGCUUAUCGUUAUCUCGGAAAGUUUUUUCGUAAUUCGUUUUAUUUAUUUUUUUAUAAACGGUCAGUAACGAUCUACAUUGAAACAUUAAAUUUAUCCGUUACUUUUCGCCACUCUAAUUUUCGGGUGGUGAAACCACUACGUACUUUUGAUUUUCAAAUAGCAAAAUAUAUUUAUUAAAUGGACGGAGUAUUAGUUUAUAUCAAUUUUAGUGAUGGCAUUUUUAAUUUCCGUCAAACCGCUGUCGAAGUAUUCAAUUUUUAUGUUUCGGCAGAGAGAGAAUAGUGGAACAUCGUUUGUGUGGUGGCGAUUUGUCUAUCGCUACUUUUCCUCUGCCAAAACUUAAAAGUUAAAUAUCUCGUCAACGGGUUGGCAAAAAUUUAAAAAUGUCAACAGUAUAUUAUAUUUGAAUUGAUACACUGUAUAUUAAUGGAAUUUUUAGUGUAAGUUGCUAUUUGAAAAUCAAAAGUAUGUAGUAAGUAGUAGUAGUAGUUUUAACCCAAAAAAUAAGUGACAAAAAGUAACGGUAAUGUAAGAUUUUAGAAAUUCACGCUUGAAAUUUUGAAAAAACAAUUAAAAACGAAAAAAAUUAAUACUUUUCGAGAUAAUUAGUGUUUUCAGUUGUAUUAAUCACUCCGUAUAGAUAGAAUGAAUAAUAAUACCAUUGUGAACCGUUUGAAAGUCAACGUACAUUUUUUUUUCGAUUCUGAGCGAUUAAUGUAUUGGCUAAACUAUGUGUACGUGUGUUUUUUUUUCUGACUGUAAACAAUUUUUUCACUGAAAAUCUUGUUCGAAUAUCAAAUUUAGACGAUGGUUUAUGGUAGGUAGUAAAUUUUAUGGUUUGCAAAAACUGAAAGAGAAUAUCGGAAAAUGGGAAACAAUAAUUUCCAGUUUAUUUUUGUUUCAUUAUAUAUUUAGGUUCUGAGUGAAGUGAAGAAGCUUAUAGUUUUACAAUGAUGUUUAUUUUUUUUUCUGUGUGACAACUUUUCUACCGGCAGUUUUGCUCUGAUUUGCAUAUCACUUUUUCUUAAAGGAAAUCUGACUGGGGAGGUAUUUUAGGGAGUUUAUUUUUUGAUUUUUCCCAAUAAAUGGACCGAAUAAAUAAAUAAUAAAAUAAACCGGAAAAAUGUGAAAAUAGGUACAAUAUUAAACAAAUAUAAUUUAUGAAAAUAUAUAAUGCCUAUGCAAUUAUUUUACCAUAAUAUGACACGUUUGAUUGUUUUCCAUCAGAAAUUACUCAUCAUUGCGUGAAAAAAGAAUAUAAUCACGUUUAUUAUAAUAUUAUGUAAUUAUUUAUAACAAUAAAUAAUAUCACGCUAUAUUAUAAUUAUACUCAAAACUACCUACUACAGUGGUACACCCAUCAGCACUAUAAGCUAAUUUUGUUUUAUUUCGAUAAACAAUUUUUUUUUUUUUAUCGUGAUCAAUUUUGUUUCAUUAUUUUCACUGGCUCAUAGUACAUGUGCCUUUAUAUAUUCUCGUCGAAUUAACCUAAUAACAAAUGUAUAAUUAUAGAUAAGAUAAUACAAAUGGAAUAUGAUAUACAUCGCAUGCCUUAUGUCACAUGUGUUAGUUGCAAGAAAAACACACGAAUGUGGACAUACCUCUAAUGUAAUCUUACGAAAACGUUACGACACUACGAUUUUAUCAAUCGAAUAUAUUCCAAAUAUGAUAGUGUUUUUAUAUUUUUUGAUAAAGGUUAUCAGUAGGUAAUUUCGGAGUAGGUACAACCGGUGUGUUGAGCUCAUUGUGAGUACUUAUAUACCUACAGUAUAACCUGUUAGGUAUUCGAAAAUAAAGUUUAAUACAUUUUUAGAUUUUAAGUGUUCAGAGUACUUAUGAUCAGGAAAUCGAAAACAGUAUGCAGGUUCCAGUUGACUGUUAUGAUGGGAACACUUUAGUUUGUAUUUAUACAUACAUAUACAUGAGUGCAUCGAAAACACAGAUAUAUUUUUUAGUGAUACGAUUAAGUGUGUAUUAGUGUAUGCACGGAAAUUAUUAUUCGUCGUCAGUAUACCUAUUUUAUUCACGUCCAUAGGUCGAGUCUUAAUCGUUCGUGAUGCUUUUGAGAAUUUCGUGGGUUUUCGGGAUGACGGUUGUCACAUUUUCGGCGUUCAAAGUCACGAGAAGUAUUGAAUUCGGUGAGGCGUGUUCUUUAAGCAUAUUAUAAGGACAAAGUAAAAAAAAAAAACUGAUGGCGUAAAUUAAAACUAAUAAUUGAUUUGUUUUUCAAAAAAAAAAAACGAUGCUAACGAUAUGUUAUCGAAUUUCCAGGACCCUCCGACACCAACGACGAAGCUAUUUUCACCGAUAGUGGUACGUAUACAAUAACAUUGUAAUAUUAAAGUAAUGAUUUAUUGUGAAAUCCGAAUAUAGUUAAAUCAUAAUUAAAAUAAAAAAAGAACUCCGGAUAUUCGACUUUAUGAUUUGUGUUUAUCGGGCUUAUUGUUAUGUCGUAUGUAUUAUGUCUAAUUUACGUAGUCGUUCCCGUUUUUCCAGAAAAGUGGUAUUGGACGGAUUAUAACAAGGGCCUUCUGAAAGAAAAACUCUACGCGAGACCGCGGUACGGAACGGCCAAGAACGUAAUUAUGUUCGUGGGUGAAGGGAUGUCGAUAUCCACUUUGACCGCAGCCAGGAUCUACAUGGGCCAGUUGGACGGUAACGAAGGCGAAAAUGAAGUGCUGGAGUUCGAAAAGUACCCGAACGUUGGUCUGUCCAAAGUCAGUUUUGGCAAUGUUAAUUAUAAUACACACAACUCGAUCAAAAAAAAAAAAAUAAUAAUAUCACAAGAUAUAACCGUAAUGUGAUAUUUUGAUAUUGUAUUUAUUGAACUAUACAGAGUGAUAAAUCGUUAGGCACUCAUUAACUCGGAAUGAAUUAACGUUUUUCGCAAUUUUUUUUUUUAUACAACAUUUUAGAAAUAAGUAGUUUUAUAAAUUUUACAUUUGUUCUAUUUUUGUCACCCAUGUUUUUUGUGGUAAAACCAAAACCAAUACCUACAUUAACCUACAUUAAAAAUUUCAUAAAUAGAUGGAAAGUUAGUUCGAAUAAAUUUUGGGACUGAAAUUUUAGAUUUUCUUUAAUCUGUUGACGAGAUAUUCCAUUUUUAAGUUUUGGUCAGAGGAAAAUAGUGGUGAAUUAUUAAAACGCCGUAUGCUGUACCACCCCACGAAUUAUGUGCUUUAUUUUCGGGGAAAUUCGACAAAAAUUAAUUAUUAUAACGUUAACAAAUUGGCUGAGAAAAUUACGAUUGUUUUAUUUCUCUCUCUUGUUCACGGGUGUUUUUUUUUUACUUAAUUCAAACUUAACUGAAUUUUCAGCAUUAAAACGAAUUUUAUAUUAUGAUUACCGACCAAACUGUAUAACAUUGUUCUCAGACCUAUUGUUUAGACAGCCAGGUGGCGGAUUCGGCUUGCUCGGCCACCGCGUAUUUGUCGGGCAUCAAGGGAAACAUGGAAACGAUCGGCAUGACCGGGGCCGUAUCGAAACGGGACUGCGUGGUCGGCAACGACCCCGCAAAACAAACGGUGUCCAGCAUGCUGUGGGCUCAGAGGGCGGGCAAGAGAACCGGCGUGGUGACCAACAUGCGGGUGACGCACGCCACGCCGGCGGCCACGUAUGCUAACGUGGCACAAAGAGACUGGGAAUGCGAUAAGGACAUGGUCAAUGAUCCACUGGCCGAUCCUCGUUGCUUAAAAGAGACGUCGGACAUCGCGAGACAGUUGAUCGAGGGGGAAACCGGAAGAAACCUAAACGUGAGUCAAAUAUUCUUGCACGAUUUGUAUACCUGUGUUUAUAAUCAUAUAGGCGCAACAGACCACUCACUUUCGGGGGUCCUAAAAUUAUGGACACAUCAAAAAUCCAUGGGAGCUAUGCUCGCACAAUGCAACCAAAUAAAUCUUCCAUUUACAAUUUUGUACAUACGAAUUUAUCAUAACUUUUUUAACAUUAUUUUUAACACACACGUGAAUUGUUAAUAGGAAAUUUAUAUUUUGUACUGCCCAUGAAUUAUGAAAUAUAAUAUGGAUAAAAUACUUAGUUGUUACUAUGAAAAAGCUGAUUGAGUUUUUUGGGGGGUGCUAAAGACCUUCUAGCAUACCCCUUAGUUGCGCCUACGUAACUAUAAUAUUGGCGGAAAGUCAUUUUAAAUCGUAUAUUUUUUGCGUGGUCUCUAUUUCAUAUGCAACACAAAGAUAUUAUAAACUAAAACCUAACGCGUUUAAAUGUUAAGUUGUUAUAGUUUUCAGUCUUUUUAGUAUUUACAUGCGCGGGUUUUAAUACAAGGAAACACUUACUAAAACGUAUUUAUCUCAUGUAACUGUUUGACAAUAGUGUACAAUAUACAAAUUCUGUACAUAAUAUAUAACAUAUUAAAAAAACAUUAAAAAAAAAAAAUUAAAUAAAUUAAUGGUUCAUUGAAAUCUUGAACAAUAUAUUUCUGAGUAUACAAAUAAUCGUUAUAAUAAAGUCGAGUAUUUGAACAUUGUAUUUAUUUUUAGAAAUUUCGAAAAAAUUAAAUCUCUUCGUGCAGCAAUACAAGAAAUGUAAAUAGUUAGUUGUUUUUAUAAGAAAAAUAAUUAUAGUAAAGCUUCAUAAUUAUAUGAAGAAAAUUGAGUAAACAUAUCGUAUCAAUAAGAUGAAUGAAAACGUCUGGAUGCAAAUAGAAAAAAUCAGUGUAUAUAUUUAAGGUAAGAAAAAAAAUGAAAUUCGAGUUAGUACAUUGUAUUUUGUGCUUGACUUAUUAUUUCGUAGAACUGAUGCAUACUUAAAUCAAGAAAUGGAGCAAUUUUGAUAGGAGUUGAAAAAUUGUUAAAAUUUAAUCUUAAUAAUAAGAUGACAUUGAUAAAUAUUGGCAAAUUAUUUUAAUCUUCUAAAGAUGAAUUUGAACUUGAAAUAAGACUUUUAAAGGGUCGCAACAAAAAUUCAGGUGAAAAAUUUACUAACAAAGAUCGUUCAUUUUUAUUGUAUUGAUUAAGGGCAUUGAGGAAAUAUGAUUUUGACACAAUUUUCACACACCAGGUGUAGACAGAAAUCUCCGUUGUAACAAAAAUUCUUUGUUUCAUGUGAAAGAGUAUAUUCAAAGCUUACAGAUACGUAUGUUAAAACUAAGUUUCGUACCACUAUAAAAUAGGAAUAUAAUAUGAGUUAUUUAAUAUUUCAAUUCAUUGAACAAACCGUGAUAAAAAAUAUUGACACCGAUGAAGAAAUUAAAGAAUUUAAAACAAAUUAUUGAUAUGAUCAUCGUUUAGUUUUAUAAAUAUUCUAUAAUCUUUUUGUAAUAUUCUCUUAAUUUAUAUAAUAUUAAAAUGUAUUAAUUAAAAGGUCUAUUUUAUUGUUUGAAUUAAUAAUAAUAAUUUUAAUAAUAUUUAAUUGAUUAUUAAAGAUAUAACAGAAUGCUAUAAAAAUAAAACAGCAUCUAAAUUUACCGGGAAAAGUGGCCAUAGUCAAAUGAAAAUAUCUAGUUCCGUUUAUGACGGUAUAGAUAAGAAUACAUUUUUGAUACAUAUUUUGUUGCCUUUUGCAAAAAAUAGAGUAACGAAAAAAUCGUUUUUUGCGUAGUUAUUUUUCGAAGGGAGAUUUCAGGAAAUUUCGGGCCUUUUUUAUACCAAUUCUACAAGUAAACACACAGAUAUGUUUUACAGGUCAUUAUGGGUGGCGGUAGAUUGAAAUUAUUACCGAACACAACAUUGGAUUGUGAAAACAAAUACGGGGAGAGACUAGAUAACAGGAACCUGAUCGAGGAGUGGAUGAAAAUCGAUCGUUUCCCGAACGCUGGGAAAAUUUAUAUCGACCGCGGGGAACAAUUAUUUAGUGAUCUCCAUCCUGAUAAAACGGACUAUCUAUUAGGUAUACAAAUAAUCAGGGAUCAAUUAGCGUAAUAUUUCUAAUAACACCCACUUGACUGAUUAUAUUGACGAGAUGACUGUGGUGUAAAAAUUCCGUGUACCACUGACAUAUUGAAAGACUAUUUGUUUAUUUUAAAGACAUUACUACGAAAUAAUUUAUUAAUGAAAAGUAAAAAUAACAUAUCAAUGAUUUUAUUCAUAGAAAUAAAGUGUGGUUGAGUUUACUUAAUUGAUUACUAUUUUUAAACAAAUACAUUGUAAACACUUAUUGUUUUAUUUAAUUUUCGGUUCUUUUUAUCAAAUUUGCGAAAAAAAAUCAAGUUUUAAAAAAAAAUAUUAACAAAGGUUAUAUUUUAAAUUUGACUUUAAAAGCAUACGAGACAAACAAUUUUAUAAAAGUAAAAAAAAAAAAAAAGCUGAAACUGGGGAUGGGUAUAUAACUGUUGUAGAUGGGAAGUUGGGGAGUAAUGAAAAAAUGUAAAUUAUCAAAUGGUUCACAAUAAGAACUCCGUAAGCCUCCUAAAGUAUUAUAAUUUAACGAUCGAAAAGUGAAUCAUUGACAAAUUUAAAAUUCGCAUUUACUGAAGAUUAUUACCGUUGGAUAUAUUUUUCAAUUGUCAAUUUAAAUAAUUAUUAUUGCGAUGAUCCUAUAUCCGUUAGAGGAAAUUGGCAUAUUUUUAUUCCACAUUCCAAUAUUAUUAUUUAAGUAUCGAGAGAACUAAUUAAAAAGAGAAAAAAGUUUGUUGGCAGGUUUAUUCGCUUCCAGUCACUUGAACUACAGUCUGUUGGCCAACAAUACAAAGCACCCUAGGCUGGUCGAAAUGGUAUGGGCCGCUAUCAAAGUACUGUCAAAGAGUGAAAAUGGUUACUAUCUGUUCGUCGAAGGGGGUCUCAUAGACAGAGGGCAUCACGAAAACAAGGCACACCUGGCGCUCGAUGAGACCGUGGAGUUAUCAUGGGCAGUCAAACAGGCAUAUUAUAUGACAUCUAGGGAAGAUACCUUAAUCGUGGUCACAUCCGACCAUUCACACACCAUGACUAUGAGUGGAUACCCAGAACGUGGUAACAACAUAUUUGGACAUUCGGGAAUUUCAGAUACGGACAAAAUGCCGUACUCGACUCUAAGCUAUGCUAAUGGACCAUCUGCUUAUAUGUUGGACACCGGCAACCGGUAUAAUUUGACCAAUGACAAUAGCAGUAAGUUGAUAGUCAGAUUUCUCACUGUACGCCUGAUAAGGAAAAAUAAAUCACUGAACAUAAUAUAAAAUAGGUCAAAUAGGUAUUAUAAUAUUCCUUUGUCUAAUGUAAUCGGUCAUCCCAAUGACAGAAUUUAACCGCCAACUUAUUAUUCAAAACCACGCCAGAUGGAUCAAAUAGUAAAAAUGAUACUGUUUCUUUCGAGGAUUUUCGGUCUUCUGUUUUCAUGAAAGGAAAACUGCCAUGAAGCCAUACGAGAACGUCAAAACUCAGAUACCAAAAACGGUUUUUAUUUUUACAUUCCCUUUCCUCGCAUUAGCGACAUGUUGCGACGGAAUUCGCCAUAGACAGUCUGCCUAAAAUAUACUACUAUAUUUCUCAAAAUAUUAUUUUAAUCUCUUUAUAUUCGGGCUACACGGAGCAUCAUGUACACUAGGCAACGAAAUUCUUUGAUUCUUACGUGACUUUUAAAUGUACAUUUUUAUCACUGUCGAAUAUAAUAUUUUAUUAUAAUAGAUUAUUAAUUGAUAGUUAUUUGAUUAUUUAUUCAACUAUUAGUAAUGAUAAUAUUUGUAAUACAAAUUGCGUACUGCUUUCCAGGUGAUUUCGAAUACGCAUUUCCGUCGAUGGUGAAACUGACAUCAGCAACCCAUGGCGGUGAAGACGUUGCUGUCUUUGCCGUCGGUCCAUGGGCACACCUAUUUGUCGGUAACUACGAACAGACUUUUAUACCUUACGCCAUCGGAUUCGCGGCCAAAAUCGGACCCUAUUUCACAAAUGGACCUAGUCAACAUUCGGGAUCCUUGAACUCUGUGCCGUUCGUGUACGCAGUCAUCUUCUGCACGCUCGUUUCACUCCUCACAUUUUGA